AUGGAGAGAAAGAAGAAGAAAACUGAUUCUAUAGAAGCUUCAGUAAAGCGAUUGAAAAUUCAAAUUGGGCAAAUUGCUGAAACUGUACAAGAAAAUAAGAAAGGAAAAUUGUCAAGUCAACCUGCGCAAGUUAAAGCAAUUACUAUUCUUAAGCAUGCUGAGCCUUAUAAGCCUCCUAUUCUGUUCCCGAACAGAUUGAAAGAAAGCAAACAGGAUAAGCAAUUUUUUGAAAUUUUUGAUAUGCUUUCUAAGGUUAACAUUAAUUUACCCUUGUUGGAUGUGAUUAGGAAUAUGCCAGCUUAUGCUAAAUUCUUUAAGGAACUUAAUUCCAACAAGAGGAGAUAUGGGAACAAUAAGAAAGUUAUGGUGUCUAAAACAGCAAGUGCAGUUCUCCAACAACAGUUACCUCCUAAAGCCAUGUUGGAUUUAGGAGCAAGCAUUAAUUUGAUACCAUAUUCAACACGUGCACAACUUGGCUUAGGAGAAUUGAAGCCAACCACCAUGUCUCUACAACUAGCUGGUAGAUCAAUUAAGUAUCCAAGAGGCAUAGUGGAAGACGUGCUGAUUCAGGUAGGGAAAAUGAUAAUCCCUGCUGACUUUGUGGUUCUAGACAUGGAAUGUACAUCAACAAGGGAUAAGGAGUAA